AUGCUCCCAAAAGAUUCUCAGGCUGAAGAUAAGCUUAAAGGUAAAAAAUGGCGAUUGAAUCAUGUAAGAUGUGGAAAUGCUUUAGCAAAUAUAGCAGCCGUAGUAGUCCUAAAUAAUGCUAACAUAACGGUCACCAUGAUUAAUGCGCCUGAUGGUACUCUACUACCAGGAUUGCCGACUGGAGUUACUAGCGCUACAGUUAUUCCAGCACAUAAUAUUCACGUAGAUGAAGAUUGGUCUCUUGCUGGUGGGUGUCCUAUCGAUGCUGAUACAGCAACCAAUGCCCUGAAUGGAGCUUUAAAUAACAAUAAUUAUAUAGUCCUUCCUGAUAUCAAUAUUAGUCAGAUCAUCUAUUGGUUUAAAAGGAAUUAUCCUACAGUUGUUCGAGAGCAACAGAAAUUGAUUUUUGGUACUUUGACUCAAGCUCAAAUAUCUGAUCGUGAAAAGAGAAUACAAUUUAUUCGUAGCUUAUCACCUGAAAACAAGGUAGAUUUGAAACGAUUGGGCUUAAACAGACCUUUGAAUGAUGAAUUGAUUGAAACUUUAGAAGAGAUUGAAACGGAAAGGAAUAAUUUGUUUUUAGAUGAAGAUAUUUAUAACCAACCGGCCACCAAGACAAAACCAAAAACAUCUUCUCAUCAGGGUAUUACUAUAGAAGAUGUUGAUAGGAUUACUAUAUCCUGGAGGAAUAAAACUCUGGAUAAUAGUAAAAAAUUAGUCAGAAAGAAAGCAGAAGAUCUUGCUAUUAGAUGUUUUUUGAGUAAUCUAUUAAGGACAAAAUCAAAUAAGCAACCUGAAGAUGAAUAUAAUUAUGACCCUGUGGAUGAUAUUACUGACAGUAUAGCUAGCAUGACACUAAAUAAAGCCACAAUAAUACUAUCAAAUCCGCUGUUAGGAGUGCUGUUAAGAAAUGUACCAAGUGUGCUGAGAGAAAUACCACUAGAGGAGACUAUUCGUAAAGUUCUUCAUAGUGAGCUUAAACUAAUUUUCCCCACAUUUUUUCCAAGAUUCUGGUCUCAUUGUGUCCAAACAGAUAGUGGUGGAGAAGAUAGUAUCUCAAAAUGA